GCUCCGCUGCAGCGGAAAAUUUCCCAUUUCCAGUUGGAGCCUCAAACUGUCAAGAUGGGAACCGCGAGAAUCCGUUUGAAGAUGCUUCCGUUCCUGCUUUCGCUGACCGUGGCCAUCGUUUCGGCUGGCAACCGCCAUCAUCGCCACGUUCAAUUGGAUCCCACGGUUGCCCGCUGGGUCGAACUCGGAAGCUCACUCAAGGCCGAUCAAGAUGUUGGUUACUCCGAGUGUAGUGGCCCCUUUUGCUCGGAAUUCGAUCAAGAAAUUCUCCGUAUGAAACGGCAAGAUGAUACCGCUAAUGCCGCUAAUGAUGCCGCUGCUGCUCAAGGUGCUCCGGCAACUAAUGCCACGGGAAGUGGCCAGGACUCAAAUAAUGGCACCGCAGAAGUUCCACUACCACCGCCGGUUCAAGUCUAUCCCAAAAUGCCAAAGAAUUUCCCAUUUCCAAACCUUGACGUCGUUCAGCAGCCUCCAGUUCCGACAAGGGCGCGGAAGAUACCACGAAUACAAAGCCCAUACCCUGCAGCCCCACAGGCACCAGUGCCUCAGUUGCCUGCCACCGGGUUGGAAAAACCUUCGCUUCAGGACCCCCUUCCUGUGCAGCAGCAGGUACCAGACUUGGGAACUCCGAUCGAACCAGUAAAUGAUCCAAACGCAGCGGAUUCAGUAAAACUACCAGAUGUGGCCGAAGCUCCUGAAGUGCAGGACCUCUCCGAGUUUACGGUGCCCGGAACCAACGACGCAGUUGUGCAGAAACCGUCCGAGAAAGAAACCCCCCCGGUGGCAAGUGUUGGUCGUCCAGAUGCCGCUCAAGCUCCUUCAAGUACCGCUGACCAACCACGUCGGCAGGGUCCCAUGUUGGGCCCAGAAGACUGGCGAUUUUCGGAGCAGGCCAAACGCCGUUGCAAAACUGCCUUCAAACAGCCUUGCGCUCCGAUUGGCGGCCCUGCAAUGGCUGGACCUCCAAUGGCCGGACCUCCGAUGGGUCAGCGUGCUCCCCCAGCCGGAUGUCGUACCCAACAAGCUCAACCGAUGGCACCAGGUCAACCAAGUGGAUCGGAUCCGUGGAAAAGCGCUGAACAAAAGACCGCAGCCGACCUCAACCAGAGAGAUGACACUACGCCACCCGAGGGUGCACCGGCUGAAUCCGCUGGGGAACGCCAUGGACUAGCGGUUGUCGCUCUGGUGUUGGCCAAUGGCCUUUACCUUUUAAUGUAGAUGAUAAACGGAGUGAAUAAAUUAUUUUGAACUUUCGAA